UCCGCCAGUCUCUUCCGCGGCUACUCAAGGGUAGUUGUUGUCGUCGUGGUAGUCGUAGCCGUUGUAGUGAUAGUAGCAACAGCGACUUUCAACGGCUAUCGUUCAUGCUCGAGUAGAAAAAAGAAUUACAAAAAUCGAACGUAGUAUAACCACCGACAACGAAUAAUAUGUGCGAUUGAAAUUUGUCUCUUUUCUUUUUUCUUAUGCAUUAAUCUGUAUACAAAGUGCAAAAAUGCGCGCACGGUUAGAGAAAUAUGCAGAUUACAACAAGUGAAUCGACGAUACGCGCAGCAGCUUGCAUACGAAAUCGGUAUAAUCCACGUAAUAUCACGCUGCGAUCGUCUCAACGCAACGUCGAAGACGCCGAUUACGAUGAUUCUGGCACCUCUUGUGAACAGCAGCGGCGGCAGCAGCAGCGAAGUCGAUAGCUCGUCUUGGGCUGCAACAGCAGCAGCGGCAAUAAUGUCAUCGCCAACUACGGGCUCGCCCGUGGAAAACGUCAGCAGCUACUACGACGACGUAAUAGCGUCAACGAUGACGAGUGGAGGCGGCGGCACAGCUCGAACUACUGCAGCACUGGAUUACGACGAUUUGCCGAUGGAUAUGCGCUUCAACGACAGCCACGUGAUCGGCAUAUCGGUCUACAGCUGCCUCAUGAUCAUCUCGGCGAUCGGCAACACGACCGUGCUGAGGCUAUUGUUGAGGAGGAAAAGCAAUUCGUCGAGGCCGAGAAUCAAUUGGAUGCUCAUACAUUUGGCAAUCGCCGACUUGCUGGUGACGUUCCUAAUGAUGCCGAUGGAGAUCGGCUGGCUGGUGACUGUCUCGUGGGUGGCGGGCGACGCCAUGUGCCGGAUCAUGUCGUUCUUUCGCAUGUUCGGCCUCUGCCUGUCGUCCAACAUCCUGAUCUGCAUCAGCGUCGACAGGUAUCACGCGGUGAAGCGGCCGCUGUCGAUGCUCGACGUCGACAAGCGCGGCAAGUGGAUGCUGAUCGUGGCCUGGUGCGUCUCGUUCGCCUGCUCGGCGCCCCAGUCCAUCGUUUUUCACGUCGAGGCGCAUCCCGACUACCCGUGGUACGAGCAGUGCGUGACCUUCAACACGUUCUCGAGCGUGACGCACGAGCGCAUCUACGCCGUUUUUGGAAUGAUCACCAUGUACUGGAUACCGUUCAUCGUCAUCAUUUACACCUACACGAGCAUAAUCGUCGAGAUGUACAAGAGGUCGAGGAGCACCACCACCGGCAUAAGAAGGUCGUCGCUGGGCUUUCUCGGACGAGCUCGAGUACGCACGCUGAAAAUGACCAUAAUCAUCGUUUUGGUAUUUUUCGUCUGCUGGACGCCUUAUUACGUGAUGAGCCUGUGGUACUGGAUUGAUCAUCGCACAGCCAAGAACGUCGAUCAACGAAUACAAAAGGCUCUGUUUCUAUUUGCAUGCACGAAUUCGUGCAUGAAUCCCAUUGUUUACGGGGCUUUCAAUAUACGCAAAGGCAAUAAGGCACCGGUACGAGCGCCCACCAUUGAAACACGAGUGACUCCGCUAUCUCUUUCGAUUAGACUUAUUGCCUGACACAAAACGAGCAAAAAAAAUCGCACAUAUAUUUAUAAUCCAUCGCCUUACUUGUAUCUGUACAUAAUAUUUUAUAUAUGAAAAUAAUAAUAAUAAUAAUAAGAAUACAGAGACGAGCUUUUUCCUCCAUUUCAGUAUACGAAUUGUUGUUCAUGUUUAUGAUUGGAGGGCUUAUAAGGACCGCACGUGCAUCGAUGUAAAUAACUUGACUGUGUCCAGAGUAAUUAUUUUCGUUUACGAGGUCAUUGGCAUCUAACGCUGUCAAUGUGCCUUUAUAACAAUGAUGCUUAAAGAUCUCUUUUUUUGUCAUUCAACUCAUACGCAACUCUUGUACGUUUUUUGACAGAGUUAAAAUUUUUCACACCGAAUUAUAUGUACAUAUCUAUAAAAAAAUAAAAAUGAAAAAGGAAAUAACGCAACACGUGCGAUACGAAACUUGACAUUGCGCACUUGUUGCUGUCUUGACAUGGCCAUGAAAAUCAAAACUGCCAUUUGUAAAUAAUUAAAUGUCACACUCGGAGGUAGAAAUAGACUCUCCAAAUCCAAUUAUCACCUGAGCAAUGUUGAUCGAUCUUUCAUUCUUCACACUUUAUACGUUUUGUGAUGAGCUCUGUGUGUCUCUUUUAGGUGACCAGAAAUUGGGACAUUCACACUCUGAAGUGAUUCAAGUUUUUAAAAUAGAAGCGACUACCGUGAUUGAUUCAAUUUUUCUUUUCUCAUAAAUUAAAUAAUUACAACGCUCGUGUUGACCAUAUGUAUAGAAAAUAUAUAAAUAUUAUUUUUUUACCGCAUAGACUAGCUCUGUAAUAAAUAACGCAUUAUUAUAAACGAUCGUUCAAACUUGACAUUUCUAGUCUACGGCGUGCCCACGUCUUAAUUAUCAUUCUGAAUAUACAUACUUAAACUGGGCAUAGAAUUUUCGGAGACCUGAUAAAAACGAUAUGAAAAAAUUAUUAUUAUUAUAAUUAUUAUAAUUACAAUUGAAUACCGUGUUAUUCUCGCAUUUAGUUUGUACGUUAAUUAUAUUGACAACUAAAUAAAAUUGUUCCUUGUGUAAUUUAUAAUUUUUUCAAAUAAAUCAACAAA